AUGAGAUUGCUGCGGGCGCUGCUGAGAAGCGUCUCCCCGGUGAACACCAUCCCUCAGCAGGUGGAUUUCUACUGCCGCUUCUCCCCGUCCCCGCUUUCCAUGAAGCAGUUCCUCGAUUUCGGAUCUGACAAUGCUUGUGAGAAAACCUCUUUUAUGUUUCUGCGACAAGAGUUGCCUGUAAGAUUGGCAAACAUAAUGAAAGAAAUAAGUCUGCUUCCAGACAAUCUUCUUAAAACACCUUCAGUUCAGCUUGUUCAGAGUUGGUAUGUGCAAAGUCUGCAGGAGAUCCUUGAUUUUAAAGACAAAAACGCUGAUGAUACAGAAGCUGUUUCUCGUUUUAAAGAUACUGUGAUAACAAUACGGAACCGUCACAAUGAUGUCAUUCCUACCAUGGCUCAAGGCGUGAUUGAGUACAAGGAUAACUAUGGGGUUGACCCAGUGACGAGUCAGAAUGUGCAGUAUUUUUUAGACCGCUUCUUCAUGAGUCGGAUUUCAAUCCGAAUGUUGCUUAAUCAGCACACGUUGUUGUUUGGAGGAAACGUUGAAGUUAACCCAGCACAUCCCAAACACAUUGGAAGUAUUGACCCUAAAUGCAAUGUUGCUGAAGUUAUAAAAGAUGGUUAUGAAAAUGCAAAGAGCCUCUGUGACUUAUAUUACAUGAGUUGUCCAGAACUUAUUCUUGAAGAGAAGAAUGAUGAUAUUUCAGAAACCUUGGUGGUGAGGCCAGGGUUAAUGAAUGCAAUGAGGGCUACCAUGGAACAUCAUGCAGAUCGGGGAAUUUAUCCUCCAGUUCAUGUCCAAGUCGCUUUAGGCACUGAAGAUUUAACUGUGAAGAUGUGUGACCGUGGUGGUGGUGUUCCUUUGAGAAAAAUAGACCGACUGUUUAACUAUAUGUAUUCAACUGCACCGCGUCCCCACGUUGAGACGUCACGAGCAACACCUCUGGCUGGAUUUGGUUAUGGUUUGCCGAUAUCGCGUCUGUAUGCUCAGUACUUCCAAGGAGAUCUGAAGCUCUAUUCUCUAGAGGGUUAUGGCACAGAUGCUGUUAUCUUUAUAAAGGCUUUAUCAACUGAGUCUGUUGAAAAAUUGCCCGUGUAUAACAAAUCGGCUUGGAAACAUUACACGGCCAAUCACGAAGCAGAUGAUUGGUGUGUCCCAAGUAGCGAACCAAAGGACAUGACAACAUUCCGCAGUACAUAGAGGCAGGAAGCCAGGCGUGCUGAGCCAAAGAUGGUCCUGUCACAGAUGGUCAGCCUACUUAGUACCACUAUUACAUGUUUAACGGGGAAGGAUGCAUCUCCAUAUCCAAACUGGAGUAUGAAAACCAUAUCAUUGCCUAGAGUUUUCUGCAGUGUUCAUUUCUAAGAAGUGAAGCUUUUCUAUCUUUGCAUCUUAAAUUACUUCAGCAAAUGCACCUUAUAUUACUUGAGCAAAGUCUAGAUGAUAAAAGACCUGAACAGUGGGUUCAAAUAUUGUUCUGCUUAAACCACCAGUCAUUCCAGUGAACAAUUCAUGGGAUGUAUUAUUUUCUUUAGACACCUCCUCUGGGAUCAGUCGCACUAAUGCAGCCUUUUGCCCUCAAGGACUCCAAAAGUGAUUUUCAAUGUGAGAGAAAACAAUGUGAGCUUAUCUCGUUUUAUUCAUUUUUGUAUUAAACAUUAUGUGGAAUCAAUUAAUUUGUUGCUGUUAGUGUAAACAACUCUUUGGCUUUAUAUUUAUAGGUAUAUAUUUACAGCUAGACGUAGAAUUUCUUGAGCCU